UAUUCAGUUUGUCUCGCAUUACAGAAAGGGUAAUUCGAGAGUAUUUGGAUGCAAACAGCGUAAAAUUUUUGUUUCACUCUGCAACUCUAAAACUCUACAAUGGAUGUCGUUUUGAAAUUAAAGGAACGCAGAAACCUUGCAACACCAGAAACUGCAGGAACAUCUGCCGGAGGAUUGCUGUUCGAUAAUGUUAAUGACACAUAUUCAUUCUUCAUGGCAAUAUAUAGGUUCGUUAUAAAUAAAUUAGUAAUUUGGACGACUCCGGCUGAAAUGUUUCCUAUCGUUUUCGUGUUGCUGGUUAUUAUUUCUCUAACAGCAGUCAUUUAUAACACCUUGAAGCUCAUUUACACUAUCUAUUUGUACACAUUUCAAGACUGGAAAAAUCGUCAGUACUAUGUCAUUCCCUUUCAAAUCCAAAGAAAAAUACGCAUGGCAUGUGUGGUAUUAAAAAUCUUAAGCUGGUUCAUCCUCCUCUAUACCCUUCUAGCGGGGCUUUCUAACUACAUGCUGACUUGCGUAUUGACUUGCAUUAUGGACUGUACUUUGGACAUCAUCAUAUGGCUUUUUGAUACCAUGCUAACCCAUUUUGAGUUGAACAAACGCUCCGUUGCUGCUUUAGUGACGCCAUUUAUGCGUUUAGUAUUCGUAGCGCUGGUGUCCAACUUUUACCGUCGUUUAGGACUGAUCUAUUCUUUGGAGGAGUUGACUUCACUUGUGUUCCUAACAACUAAACGUUAGUAUUUAAUGGUGUAUGUAAUUUAAAAAAAAAUCAGUUUUUAUUGUUUUUUAAUAGAAAUUUUUUGAAAUUCCU